AUGUUAGCAAAUAGGUAUUCAUAAUAACCUCCCCUUUAUAUUCAGUUGACAAGAAAAAGAAAGUCUGAAUUUAAGAUUGGGUUAAAUCGAACAAGUUUCAUGAGGACUAUAAACAGAAAUUCCCUUGUCUAAAAGUUCAAAAACAUUCUUCUCAUGCGUUCUUAUGUGUUGAGUAAAGAAAAUAAGUAUCUUUUACUUCAAGAUUGGUGGUAAAAACCAACCAAAAGUAAAAUCCAUCAUAAUUUAAGGAAAUCAAUAUGCUCACAAUCGCAUACCAUUUAUAAUAUCUGGUAGUCAUGUAUCAAUCAUUUUAACUAUAUGGUCUCUUUUCAUACAAAUAGUCACCUUAUGGAUUACUCCUUUUAUGAUUUCAUUUUAAUAGGAAAUCUCCAUUUUCAAAGUUCUCUUCCUUUUUAUUGUAUUUUAAGUAUUUUUCGAUGCUUUUCUUAAAAUCAAUAGUCCAUUGAUUGUAAAUGGUGAAACUAUUUAUGAUAAAACAGAAAGAAUUAAAGAUUUCUUUAAAAAAAGCUUAUUUGAAGACUUAAUGUAUAUUACCACCUUAAUUGUCUCCUUUUUUCCAAUCUUUGAUAAUAUUUAGCUCAAAGGCACCAUUUGUAUCAUUAUCAUAUUCAUCUCUUACAAAAAACUCAAUCAAAAUUAUGAAAGCUUAUAUGAAAUUCUCUACUUAAAAGGAUAAUAUCAUUAUGCUAUAGACGUAAUGUCCCUCAUCAUUUUGAUCUUCUCUUAUGCACAUGUUAUGGCAUGCAUUUGGCAUUAUGUGGGUGAAAUUACUUUGGAUUAAGGUCAGUCAUGGCUAAUUCAAAGAAACCUAUAAAAUAGCGCAAUCUGGGAAAGGUACAACACAUCUUUUUAUUGGGCCACAAUGACUAUGUCAACUGUAGGCUAUGGAGAUAUUACACCUACUAAUCAAUUCGAAACUUUGGCAGCUAAUUUAAUGAUGAUUCUCUCAAGUUGUAUGUUUGGUUAUUCAAUUAGUCAAAUAGGAAUGAUACUUAAAAGUUAAUAUGAAGUUUAGCAAAAAUAUAAGUAUUUAUUAAUUCUCCAUUUCUUAGACGUUCAAUUAUAAUUAUGAAUGCAUUUAUGAAAAAUAGCUAAGUUAAUUUGUAAAUUUAGAGUAGAAUCAGAAAUUACCUCAAAUAUUAAUGUGAAACCGAAGCUAACGAAAAUAGAGAUGAUAUCAAUAAAAUCGUUGCUGAUCUUCCAAUUGGAUUAAAAUAAGAACUUGUAUAAGAUGUUUAGAUGAAUAUUAUGAAGAAGAUUAAGAUUUUGAAUAAUCAAUUCUCUCAAUCAACUCUAAAAUAACUGUCUUAGUGUUUAAUAGAAUUUAAAUUUACUCCUGGUGAUGUCAUAUAUCAUAGAAAUGAUUCAAAUGAUUAAAGUUUAUACUACAUUUAAGAAGGGAUUGUUAAUAUUUAUGAAGAAAAUAGUUAAAAACUGUUGCAGUCCUUAAAAGCUGGGGAUACAUUUGGUGAGUAUUAAUUCUUUACUGGGUUUUAAUCACAAACUUCAGUCAGAAGCUAAGGCUUUACAAAAAUAUUCAAAUUAAAUCGUUAAUCUAUGUUAUAGUUAUUAAACUAAAAUUCUAAAGAUUUUUAGAGAUUUCAUCACAUCAAAGACAAUAUUAUAUUCAAUAAGAACUUUUAGAUUGUUUAAAAGAAUUGUAAUUUCUGUAAAUUGAGUAAUCAUAUUAACAUUGACUGUCCACUGUUAUCCUACAAGCCAGACAUAUUAUAGAGAAUUAAGAAAGCUGAAUUACAGCCAUCCAAAUAAAAAAGGGUCUUUAUUGAAAGAAAUAAUGAGAAAGUGCGAUGUCUAAUGCUGCACUCAGCAAUAAAGGACACUGUUGAAGAAUACAAGGCAAAUCUUUCUACGACUUAAAUUGAUGUUGAUAUGAAACUAUUUUCUACAUAUGCGACAAAAGAUUUAAAUAGUCAUUGCUAAAAAGAAUCCUUAUUAGACAAAUAAUUGUCUAAGUCUCCACCAGUUGCUCCUUUGAAAAAAAAUAACUCGUUCUUGAUUAGAUAGAGAAAUUAAUCAUAAUAAAAGAAGGCCAAUCUCUUUGUAAAUUUAAAAUCAGUCUUCAGAGACUCUGAUAGACAAUUAAAAUCUGAGUCGGAAGAUGAUCAACUCAUUAAUUCACCAAAGAAUCAAAUUUCAUAAUAAUGUCUAAGCGAUCUAAAUGAUUGCCAAAUUAAUCACUUUGAUGAUUAAUUCCAAACAACCAAUUUCAAUAUUGAUAGGUUAAUGAAUUUUUUUGGUUAUAUGCCUAUGUCUAAUGUGAUUUAUGCUUUGAGGAAAUACGAAAAAAUGUAUAAGUAUUCCAAAGUAAAGACAAUUAACUAUCCAGAAUCAGAAAGCAGGAAAUUUAGUAUUCCCUUGUAUUACAGUAGAAGGGAAUCAAUAAAUGAGUUACUUAAAGAGAAAUAUUGA